UUCCUUAAGAUAUUUGUAAUCCCACCCAAGUAAGAUCCCCUAGUUUAUUCCAAAAAGAAGAACCAUUAGCUAGUAGUCCACAUUUAGUUCUCAAAAUAGAAAAUAAGUUAAAAAAUAAAUAAAUUUAAAAAAAAAAAACCAAACCCCAUCAUCCUCAACAGGUCACUCCACCCUCAUUUCCUCAACGCCUCAACUCUUCCUCAACGCCUCAACUCCAUAUUCUUCUCCAAACCCGCGAAAUUGUAAAUUAUUUUUGGCUCCAAAUUUUUUUGAUCAUGAAUAAGCAGUUACUCCACUUUUCAAUGGUUGAUCUUAUUAUACAACACAGUCAUCAUCUUAAAAUCAUCAUAUCCCCCAAUCGGUUACUCUACUUACUCACCUUCUUUCUUUCUACUUAGUUGGGUUUGAUGCCGGCGAAAUCGUUGUUGUAUUCUGAAUUUCAUCUACAAGUAUGACAAAGAAAAAAUCCACUAAGCUUGGAGCUAUAAGAGGUUCUGGUGAUGAGCAUCAAACUCAUGAACCAAGAAUGUCAGAAUAGGCUGAGAAUGGAAACAAUUAGAAAAAAUAUGACAAGAAUGGAAGAAUUAGGUUUGAAGGAACAGGCUAAGUCACUGAUGGCGCAAGUUCAAAAUAAUAGAGGCAAUCAAAGUAAGAAUAAAAAGAAAAAUGUUUCGGGAGACGAUGAGCUCUAUAGGCCUAACCAAGAUAUGGAGCAUGAGCUUGAUUCGACCGAUGAAGAGUUACCCAUUCCACAGUCUAAAAGUAAAGACAAGUCCAAUGCUAUUCAAUGGAAGAUUCGUAAAAUGAAGGCUCUGACUCGAAAAGCAGUGAUGGCAAAACGUCGGCGAAAUGUUGAUUUGGCUUCUUCACAUGGUGGCUCAUCUACCCCUAAUCAUACAUUACAUCAGCAUUAUUCAACCACAAGAGAACCAGUUGAAAUGCUCGGAUUAGAAGUUGAACACUUAAAUCAUGACAAGAAUGAUAAAGAAAAUGCUGAAAAGGAUAAGCCUAGAAGAGGACCCACUAUGUGCUACAAAGUCCAUGGACGCAGCGAAGAAGAACGCUUGGAAAUUACCUUGAAUGAGCAUGGACAACCUGUUGGUCCGGAUGACAGUACAUGCAAUGAGUUCAUUAGCUUCUUAGGAACAAUAGCUCGAAAAGCAAAUAUCCUACCACUGACUGUCAAGAAUUGGCCCAUACUAAGGAACGAGAAGAAAGAAGAACUUUGGGAUUAUGUCUUGGAACGAUGUAUGCAAAAUAAAGAAAAUCGGUUAGUUGGAAAGGAAAAGAACAUUAUGCUGCAUACUUUAGGACCAAAGAGUUUUGCUAGGGUUCGAUAUAAGUGGAAAAAGGAUAAUAAAACAACAAAAAAUCCUAGCUUAGCUCAAAUGUUCAUAGCAACACGCAAGGAGAAGCUAACAAAGCGAAAGCCCGGUGACCUAAGGGACAAAUUGAUGACUGAAAUUGAGAAAUUAGAUUCAGAGGAGGAGGUUGAAAGUGUGAUUUCAACUAUUAUUGGUUUUGAUAACAAGAAAAAGUCUCGAUUAAAUUUUCAUGGAAGAGGUGUUUCAUCAACUCAAUUAAAGCAGAAGGCCUUGAUGAAGGAAGCUGAAGAGAAGCAUGCUCAGGAGGCCAGGUUCAAGCUCUACAAAAAGAUUAUGAGGAUAAAAGGCAACAAGAUAGAAGGGAGAUAGCAUAUGGUCUUAGCUCCAUCCUUUCUCAAAUUCAACAACAAAAUCCACAAAUGUCUUUUGAUUUAAGUAUGCUUGGCUCUUUAUUUCUUGAUAAUCAAUCUGAGAAGGAUGGUGGUAGUACAACAGAAAUGCUUCGAUUUCAAUCUUCGGCUUCUACAUCCAAGAGAGAUGAACAAGAAGAAGAUGAAGAAGGCUGCGAGUAAGAAGAAGAAGAAUAUGACUUUAUGGCUCAAUUUGAAGUUGCUUUAACCUUUUAUUAUUUCUUCUAUUUCUUAGUUAGACUAAUAUUAUGGCCUACAACAUUCUACUAAACAAUAGAUUAUUUAGAUAGAUUUGAGGUUGAAAACAAGUUGAUAGUGUUUUGGUUGUACUGUUUUACUAAUUAAUUUUAUAAGUUUGGGAUUCUGUAGUCAAAUGCUUAUUACAUGUUUUAAUGUUCAACAUUUUUCUAAUAUAACAAAUUCAAAAUAGUA